AUGGCCAGGUCUGGAGCACCAGAAAAUGGACAAAACGGCCAGUCAGGCCAGCUCGAUACGGGGUUCUCAUUCCCAACGGGGGGUGGAUCAGCUCCUGGAUCGCCUGUAGAGUAUCGUGAACCAUUGCCGCUCAUGGAGACGGUUAUUCAGAAACGCCAGCGCUCGCGGUCAAAGUCCAAGGAGGCUGGUCGAACUCAGCCGGGUCCAAAGAGCUUUAUGGAUCUUAUCGCACUCACCAUAUCUAUGGCAGGCGCACAGGUAACCUGGACGGUCGAGCUCGGCUAUGGGACACCAUUCCUUCGUGAUCUUGGACUUAGUUCGACUCUAACCUCACUCGUAUGGCUUGCCGGACCUUUGAGUGGAUUGAUUGCCCAACCUCUUAUCGGUGCGGUGUCCGACUCGUCUACAUCCAAGUACCGAAGGCGAUACUGGGUGGCGGCAUCAACAAUUGUUCUGUUUGUGGCUGCUAUCGGGCUGGCAUUCGCCAUACCAUUUGCUAGGGGAUUGGUGUCGCUAUUUUAUCCAGAGCCCCCAGUUCCAGAUCGCCAGUGGGAUAACUCGGUCAGGCAGACCGCUAUCGGGGUCGCUGUAUUAUGCUUCUAUCUGCUUGAUUUUGCCCUCAACGCUCUCCAAGCAUCGCUCCGAAACCUCUUGCUGGAUGUGACCCCAGGUGAACAACUCACAACGGCGAAUGCAUGGCACGGACGUAUGAUUCAUGCCGGCAAUAUUGUCGGUUUUGCCCUCGGUGGAGUUGUACUCGAGAACUGGCCGGUGCUUAGGUGGUUUGGCGGUGACCAAUUCCGAAAAGUAUGCAUUGUAACAAUGGUUAUUCUGGCUGCUACCGUUUGGAUUACUCUUGUUACCCAAGAGGAAAGAGAGAGGGAGAUCGAUUUGCUCAGACGCGAGGAUGGUCGACUUAUGGAUGUCAUCAAGACUAUUGGCAUGCGUCCCUCAACCUUCCUCGCCCAAUCAGGCGCGUGUGUUACGUUCAGCUGUGUGCUUGGGUUGGAUGGUAGGUUCCCCUUCUUGUUUUUCGGUACAACGUGGAUGGGUGUUGUUAUGUCGGAAGAGACUGGGACUGAUCCAACCAAGGAUGAAGCAACUGUUGCUGGGGAUAAGGCCAUGCUCAUAUACAGUGUGGUUGCUGUCAUUGCCGGAACUCUGCUUCCUACCCUCGCUUCUCGUGACCAACGUCUGUUGCUUCCCGAGCUUCCGAUCGACCCCAACAAUCCUGAAGCCACCGCAGAUGCCGAACUCGCCCGAGUCCGCGAUCUUGUGAGGCAAUGGCGUUCCGAGGCCGCACGCGAGGGGCGCCCACUCAAACUGCCAACUAUGCCAUUCAUGUUGCGUAAUAUAUGGACUGGCGCGUUGUUGCUGUUCUUUGUUCUGAUGAUGAGCACAUUCUUUGUCAAGACUGUAUGGGCCGGUACUCUUGUGAUAUCGUUGCUUGGAAUUUGCUGGGCUGUGGCCUGCUGGGUACCAUUUGCUAUUAUCAUGGAGUAUCUUAAGGAAAUGGACGACUCAGCCAAGGCCAAUCGCGUUGCCGCUGCGGUUGCUGGCAACGGUGCCUCGACAUCCAGACCUGGUCACAGCCGCGUUCUUUCUACCCCCGCCCACCCAGUGCGUCGCUUGGGUCGUACCACAAGCGGAAUUAACCCUCAUGAACGAACUGCACUAUUGCGCCGUUACUCGAUGAAUAUGACUGAUCAAGAGAUGAAUAAUACUGAGCUAAACGUGGAAGGAUCUGGUGAUGUUGCCGGCGGAACUAUUUUAGGGAUACACAAUCUCGCGAUUGUCUUACCUCAGUUUUUCGUCUCAAUUGCCUCUAGUAUUAUCUUCAGGAUUUUCGAUGGCUCCCAGACUGGCGACACUUUGUACCUAGGCAAACAUGGCGUGUCUUGGGUGUUAAGAUUUGGGGGUGUUAUCGCUCUGAUUGGGGCGGCUAUUUCUCGCCGCGUGCCUCCUACGAAAACGGAGAAGGCGAUGCGCAAGAGGUGGGCCGAGAUCCAAGAAGAGGAGAAUGCCGGAACGCCUUGA